AUGUUGUUUCGCUCGCUCGCUGCCGCUUUGCAGCUGGUUUCGUUGGCAUCAGCCGUCAUUCUUGAGAAUGGCCGACCCCGUGCCGUCGACUUUCCUGACACCAAGAUCAGCCUUGGCAACGGGACCUAUAGAACCUAUGAGGCUGAUGCCGGGGAGAUAUCCUACAAAGGGCGUUGGGAUUCCAAAUACAUCUCUUGGUGGGCAGGGCCAGGUAUCAAGUUUGGCUUUACGGGCCACACUGUCGCCGUCACGUUCGGGGAGGACACAAUCAACCAGACACUUGUCGCAUACAGGAUCGCAGGCCUCGACUGGCAGCAUACCAAUGUUACUGCCGGCGGAACGCACUUGUUUGUUAGUCCGGAAACCCCCGGAAUUGAGCUCGAUGGGCCUAUCAAUCCAUUGACCUUCGAGAUGAGAGUUACGAAUUGGGCCUACGGAGUGCAAAUCGAGAAGGUCCACGUGUCAGGCUGCGGAAAGCUUGUCAAGAUUCCCGACUAUCCUCGCCGCGUCGAGUUCAUUGGUGACAGUCUCUCGGCAGGCAUGUACAACACAUAUGAGGCCCUCGCUGGUUUUGCCUAUGGAGUGGGAGCUGGCCUCGGCAACACUGAAUACUCUAUCACUGGAUAUCCGGGUAUCUGCGUUGCUGACCAAAACUGCUGGGGCAACCCUCGCGGGCAGUCUCAUCAAUGGUUUUACACAAGUGACACUGGUGGCCGUGCUGCAAAUGUUUGGGGAGACGACCCCGAGCCAUGGGACUUCAGCAGAAACCCGGACGCCGACCUUGUCGUUAUCAACUUGGGAACAAACGACGCCAACAGCUUCAACAAGGUCGAAAAGUCCACCUAUGUUGCACACUACAAAAGGCUCAUUCAAGGCGUGCACGGCAAGUGGCCGAAGGCUCAGCAAAUGUGGCAAGGCUUUGGCCCCAAUGGCAACACGUACGAGCAGAAUACGGACCUUCGAAAGGAGGUCUACAGCGUGUACGAGUACUUCAACACGAAGGAGUACCUCAGCAACCCCGUGACGUGGGAUGGCGUGACGGAAAAGACGGAGCCAGUCGGCCAUGCCAUCGAGCCAUUUGUUCACUUCUUCAACACCACCGGCAUCCUUCAGCAUAACGAUAUUGCUCCUCAGUGGCACCCUACAGAUGUCGGACAAAUUAAGGUGGCCAGUCAUCUCAUUCAGUAUAUCACGCUGAAGUUUGGGUGGUCGCUAUAUGCCACAGGCCCCGAGGUUUUCCAUGAGACGCUCUACUGGAACGACGAGUCGAACUACUAG